AUGGUUCUUUACGAUGAAGACGGCAGAGUUGUGAUCGUACACGAGGAAUACCUAGAAGACGAGGCAAGGAACGAAUGGAUGAGAGCACACAAAGACCCUUCAUACCCAGAUCCGAUUAGUGUGUGCAAGCAGAGGAGCGGGCCAAAGUCUACUGAAGAUGUGAAGAUCAUCAUCGAAGAACAGUACUUCAAAACCCUAUAUUGCGAGAAGCAAUGUGGCUGGGGCAGCGAUUUCGAAUGGAUAAAAGGGUUCAAGCAAGGAGGGGACAAGGAGUUGUCGAGAUCUCUUUGCCGCGAGACUCUGAUUCUGUGUUCGAGCUUUGCUAAGGACCAUUUUACGUAUAAUCCCGGCAGUGACGAGUUGCGUCUCCCAGUCUGCUAUCCACAAGUAGAAUUCAAGGAUCCGGUGGACGAACAACUGGCAUAUAUACGCGCCGAUGAGAUUGAAGCAUACGUCAUCCCGUGGUUCGACAAAGUGAAAACAUACAUGAGCAGUCAAAAGAGCAAGGAUACCACCGAUGACAAUCAACCAAAAAGGUCCCAUCAUGCUACAAACCAAAAGAUGAAAAACUACUUAACAGCCCCCAACGGCCCAAUCGCAAUGGAAAUACCCUCAUCCCUCCUCGAAAAAAUACACUUGUACAACUGCAUGCUCCAAUUCGGCCUCCCCAAAUUCAUCCAAUCCCCACUCAUCGACGCCCUCAUCCACCAACUCUACAAGACCAAGCUCUCAGCCUGCCACCUCGACGCAAUCGAAACAACAAUCGGCCGCCUCUACUCCCGCGGCCUCGCAAUCCUCGACCCAGUCAUCAACCACCUCAUCGGCACCUACUCCCUCCGCUUACUGCCCGACCGCAACCACCCCAAACCUGCCGGGGCCCGCAAGCGCAAGUGCACACACUACACCCCGCUUCAAACGAACAAGCUAAGCGCAGAAGACGUAGUACGACUAGACGGCAGCCUGGAAAAUAAAAUGGAGCGCGAAAAUCUCCGCGUCGUAGACUUCUCAGAGACAAACCGCCGAUACCUCAAAUUCACACGGUAUAACGUGCCUCGAGGCAAGUUUGGCAGGGGUAGCUGCUUGUUGCCGCCCAAAUUGCCGGUUCUGGGGCAUUGCAUUAAGCAUUGGAGUGGGGUGAGGAAGCGUGGUGGGACGAGCGCGGCGCAUACGGGGUUGCCGCUUAAUGUGGGGUGGGGAAGGAAGUUUAUGAAGGGGGGGGAUGGGGUACUGGCUGAUGAGGGGGAUCACGAGGUUGAUGGGGGGAAUCGGUUGAUUGGGUGGGAGUAUUUUUGGAAGAGUGGGCCGGGGUUGGGGGAUGGGAAG